AUGCCGCCAAGCACUUUCAUGUCCUGGGUCACCCGGCCCAGGAUCUACGCCUACAGCAUCCUCUCCACCCUCGCUGCUCUGGUCACGGUCGGCAUCGCUCUCACCGAGCGCAGCAAUUUCUACGCUGCCGUCGUCUUUCUCGGUCGAUCCAACGGCUGUCUCUUGGUGCUCCUCAAUUUCUUACUGGUCAUAGCCCUCAUUGUAGGCCGUUUCCUGCAACUGCUCUACUUUGGUCAGCUGCGCAGGAGCGAAGUCGAGCUGGUAUGCGAACGGUCGUGGUACAGUCUCGUAAGCACUUUACUGGCAGUAUCCAUCUUUCGGGACGAAUUUAGCGUCUCCUUCGUCAUCCUCUUCGGCGUACUUCUCUUUCUUAAAAUCUUUCACUGGCUCUCGGCGGAGCGGGUUGCAUCCAUCAUGCAGAGCCCUUCGGUCCCACACAUCUUCCACGCACGCAUGAUCUCGAUCCUAACCACCCUCUUCCUAGCCGACGCGAUGUUGGCUGGCUUCUCAUUGCAGAUGCUGCUCGUCAAAAAGAUCAAGGUCGGAAUGAUGGUGCUCUUCACCUCGGAGUUCAUCAUCCUCACCGCGCUGCUGUGCAACACUAUCGCCCAGUACAUUCUGAAUUGCAUCGACAUGGCACGCGAAGAACCCUGGGAGGCCAAAUCGCUCUAUGUGCUGUACGUCGACCUAGCGCACGACGUGGUGCGCCUCUGCACCCACGGAUACUUUUUCGUCCUCUUGACGAGAAUGUAUGGCAUCCCGCUCUCGCUGAUCCACGAUCUGUACAGUGCGGGCAGAAGCUGUAUGAUCAAGGUCAAGGCGCUGGUGCGGUACAGGCAGGCGAUGAGGAAGAUGGAGACAAAAUAUCCGAAUGCGAGCGCGGCGGAUCUAGCGAACACCGAUGGGACGUGUAUCAUUUGUAGAGAGGAUAUGGUAGCUACUGAUGCGGGUGGGGAUGCCGAUGCGGCGGAUUCCGGUGCGGAGAGGACGGCGGCUGCGGUGACAAACGUGACGCCUAAGAAGCUAUCGUGCGGUCACAUCUUUCACUUUCGUUGCCUGCGCUCGUGGCUGGAGCGUCAACAGAGCUGUCCCACGUGUCGGAGGAUGAUAUUGGACGACGAGCCGGAACCGACUACGCAAGUGCCACCGGCGCAAGCACAGCAGGCACAGACGCAGCAACAAGAUCAAGCAACACUAGCGGGUGCUGCGGGUGUAAACGGCAGCGCAGCGUCGCAGUCUACCAGUGCCGCGAGUGGCAGCACGCAAGAUGCGACGACGACGAUGACGACGACAACGACGCCAGCAGAACAGGCAUACGACGCCAGACUACAAGGCUUCCUGCAGCGUCUCCAGUCGGAUCUGCGCAAAGUGCGCGAAGAGGGCAACUUGUCUGCGCGCCAUGCGUCUUCGAGCAGGCGAAGAUCGAACGGGCGAAAUGGGCAUUCUACGCCGCGCACGUCGCCUGGUGCUGCUGCUACUGCUAAUGCGAGCGGGAGCGGUGUCGCCGGGGGCCUUCCGCGGUACGGCAGGAUGAACGGAGGAUCUUUCGUGUCGAACGGUUUUGGUUCGCACUUUGGCGACGGGGCAGGAGCAGAGACAGCAGUAUUGGGUGGCGCACUGUGGAUGCCUCCUCCGCCGUCUACGCUUUACGCUGGAGGGAAGAGGCCUGCACUCCCCGGUCGAGCAGUAUCAGGUGUUGAAGGAGCCAUGGACGCACGCCCAGACGAUAGCGACGACGCAGAUGCGGAUGCGGAUGCGGAUGCGGAUGCGAAAGGCAAAGGCAAAGCGCGCCUCGACGACGAUGAUGAUGAUGUGGAAACGACGGAUCCAGUGGACCCAAGAGAAGCCAUCCGCCAAGCAACGCUGAAGCGCUUUGGUCAGGCUCCCUCCAACGCCGCCGCCAUUUCCACGCCCGCAUCCACCCUUAACGCCACGGCUCCUGUCCAGGACACAAUAUCCAUGAUUCCUCUGUUCGACCCCACCUCCAUCCCUGACUUCGAAUCUGCCCACGCGCCAGACCUGCCACACCCUCUGCUCGCCACCCCGCACCUCAGCAGCACAACCACCCCCGUCGACGCCGACCUAUCCGCCGUCCUCAGCGCGAAGACGCACGCGGUCCAACAGCAAAUCGCCCUGCUGUCCGGCAUUCAAACGCGCAUCGACGGCGUCAUCGCCGACCUCACGCGCGUGCUCGACGUCGUUGGCGCGACGAAUGCGGACGUUCACCAGCAGCAAGGUUCGUCGCAGGACGAUGCAGCUGGCGCGUCACAUGUGCAAAGCGGAUCCUCAGGCUGA